AUGGCGAACGCGUUUGGAAGCUCGUUGUUUGGAGCAAGUGCCACUGGCCCAUCAACGGCGCCACAGCAGCAGCAACAACAACCGACAAGCAUAUUCUCGUCUGCGAAUCCUGCUCCGUCCUCCGGCUUUUCUCUACUAGGCCGUCAGACUCAACAGCAAGCUCCGCAGGCUGGUGCAAGCCAGGCGCAACAGCAACCCUCGGCGCAGCUUGCGCAGUCUUCCCAGAACACCCAACCUGCUUAUUUCAACAGCCUACUCGAGAGGGGAAAGAAACGAUCCUUUGCUUCUUCUGCUACGCCGGAUACCGGGUUUGCAGAGCUGCCCAGCCUUCAAUUAGGGCUUGAUGAUAUUCGCAGGAAAGCUAGGGAGCUUGGGACACCCGACGCCAAAAAAUCCCAACAUGGACCCCGGGAUCAAAAAGCACAUUACCUACUUGCAGCUUCAGGAAUAUCGCCCGGCCACGCUCUACGUGACUUGAGAGCCCUCGACUCGCAAACCGCUACUUCUGCAUCCCUCAAACAAAUGGAUAGCUUCGAUCCCGAUAAUGAAAAAUUCAUGAGAGGUAUUCAACAACGUGGGCGCCAGGCUAUGGUCGCCGAGAGCCUAGCCCGUGUUCACCACGAUUUCGACGCAUUUCUGGAGGAGAAAGUUAAUAUGAACUGGGACGACCAGCGCCAUAGGAUUUUUCAGCACUUUGGCCUGUCAUCUAAGGAUGGCGACUUUGACAACCGGGGCUCAUUCGGCCGUACUACGCAAGUAAGGCCCUCGGGACCGUCGGGUACACGGAGUGUUUUCGGACGUUCUGCUCUGGAGAAAUCAGUCAUUGGGCUGCCCGGAAAUCCAAUUGCGAGUUCGCAACUGUUUGCGGACCCCAAUGAAAGAGGCGACACAGUGUCACAGAGCCCAGACAACCGCUUUCUACGGGAAAAGAUGGGCAUUUUCGGUGAAAAGGUGCGGCGUUUGAACGAGGCCAGAAUGGAGGAUAGGCCUUAUUCGAUCCUUCACGAAUUCGGAGAAGUUGAAGACCAUGCUGGUGGCGAUGUACCCCGUCAAUUGACAGAAGCUUAUCAUGCAUUAAUAUCAAUUACUGGAGAAGCGCGCAAUGUAUCUAGUUUCGCUGAUGCGGGGGCCUUGAAGGAGAGGCGCUUUGCCAACGAUUAUCUGAACGAGACCUCCACUUCCAAGGACGCCAUAACCUUGAGAAAGAAGGUCAUUGAAGGGUCAAGAGGUUUCCUGGAACGAGCAUUCUACUCUGAAGUUGAGGCCGCAAUAGCCAAGAAUCCACGGGAAGCGCAAAUUGGCGGAAUUCCGUCGACCAUCAACAGAAUCCGGGCUUAUAUUCGCCUUCGUGCCACCCGAAAAGAUCUUGCCCCGGACGGAACGGAGUUGCAGAUUGUUGGUGACGACUAUUGUUGGAUAUUGAUCUUUUUCCUUCUUCGCAGUGGAUUUGUGACCGAAGCUGCCGAAUAUGUCAGUUCUGAUCCGGGUUUCAGAUCGCUCGACCACAAAUUCGUGACCUACAUGACGACCUAUGCUCAGAAUAGGAGAUUACCCCGAGACCUGCAACAAAAGAUCAACGGAGAGUAUCAACAACGCUUGCGCAAUGCCCCAGAGAACACAGUCGACCCAUACCGUAUGGCAUGUUACAAGAUAAUCGGCCGCUGUGACCUCAGUCGCAGAAGACUAGACGGCGUUGGCCAGGGUGUGGAGGAUUGGAUGUGGUUGCAAUUCACCCUUGCCAGAGAAGAUGAUCGUGUUGAAGAAAUUGCUGGAGACUUCUUCGGCCUUGAAGAUAUCCAAACCGAUAUUUCCGAGAUUGGCCAACGAGUCUUUGCCAAGGGAUCGGAUAGUCCCGGUGGCUAUGGAACUUUUUUCCUCUUGCAGAUUUUGGGUGGGAUGUUUGAGAAUGCAAUUUCAUACCUUGGAUCUCAUGCUCCAGUUAGCGCCGUGCAUUUCGCCAUUGCCCUGGAUUAUUACGGGCUUCUGCGCGUUUCCGACUUUUACACCGCGGGCGAAGAGAUUCUGUCUUUUACUACUCAACAAUUCCCUCAAAUAAAUUUCGCAUACCUGAUCACACAAUACACUCGCGAAUUCCGCACAGGAAACGUCGAUGCCGCUAUUGAUUAUUUUGCACUCAUUUGUCUAAACGCAGACCUCCCUGGAUCCCUUGGUAAUUCACAAGCCUCUGUAUGCCACGAGGCACUGCGAGAAUUCAUUCUCGAGACCAGAGACUUUGCGAAACUACUUGGUGACAUUCGCGCCGAUGGCGUGAGAAUCAAGGGAGCCAUUGAACGGCGCCUGAAACUCAUCAAGCUCAUCGACCAAGAGGAAUUCCUCAGGACCAUCACAAUCCAGGCUGCAGCAGUGGCGGACGACAAAGGAUUGGUGGCCGAUGCAGUGCUUUUAUACCAUCUUGCCGAGGACUACGACCACGUCAUUGACAUCAUCAACCGUGCUUUGUCAGAAACCGUUGCGCUGGACUUGGGCCAGUCCGUAUCCGACUUUCAACCUUUGAAGCCCAGAGAAGUCCAUGGAGGAGACGCGGCUGCUUCAGCAGCACCUGGUAGUAGUCUCAGUCUCACCACUGUCGACAAUCCAGUGAUUCUAGCGAAGAACAUGAUCAGUCUGUACAACAGCAAUGCACUUUACUACCAGAAAAUCCGCCAAGUCAACCGUGAUGGAUGUGGAAUUCUGUUACAGAUGAUGGAAGCCAAGGUCCUCGUCGAAGCCGGGAGCUGGGCACCAGCAUUAGACGCAAUCCACGCCCUCCAAAUCCUACCCUUACGUGCCAAGGGUUCCGUGCCAUAUAUCCGCAACGCCACGCAAGCCUUUGCCGGUUUGCCUGGCGUUAUCGCGCGUAAUAUUGGCCAUUUGAUCAUCUGGAGCAUAACCUGCAUCGGCCGCGAGCGCGAGCGCCUCAACUCGGGCGCGUACGAGAACGCGAUUCGUCAGACUUUGGCAGAGGAUUUGCUGGUUAUGGCUAAGGAUCUUAUGCUGUUUUCGGGUAUGAUUAGGUAUAAGCUGCAGCCGCGGGUGUAUGAGACUCUGGCUCGUGCGGGGGCUGAGAUUGGAGCGUUUUGA